CGUUCGUCGCAGCGUUGACAGAAUCAGACAGUAAUCACGUGUUUACCGAAGUCUGUUAAAGCUAGGUCUUCUGUCUAUCUAUGAAUGGCUGGGUCGUUAUCUGUGCACGUGAACCGCGCCGCAAGUUUGUUAACUCUAUUCCGCUGAAAAAUACCGUAGAUGCAGUUAAUACGGAAUAAUAAUUCGCCUGUGAGUUCGGUCGUCAAACGUAUUACGCGCCAGUCCUAACCUAAGAUUUCGCAACAUUUUCCCGGGAUGACGCUUAGAGCAAUAAAAUGGGAAAACGGAAAGCUGGAGAUUUUGGAUCAAAUUUUACUCCCGGUAAUCUCAAAAUACGUCGCUGUCAAGGGUGUCGAAGACGGCUGGAAGGUUAUCAACAAAAUGCAGGUACGGGGGGCACCGGCGAUUGCCAUCGUUGGGUGUCUUAGUUUGGCCGUAGAGAUUCAGCCCGAGGUAUUUACGGACAAAAAGAGUCUCCGUCAAGAAAUUGAGGGGAAACUGAAUUACUUAGUAUCCGCAAGACCGACUGCAGUGAACAUGAAAAUAGCUGCCGAAGAUCUGAUCACACUUUCCAAUCAACUUAGCAAAGAUGAUUCUGUAUCUGCCGCAGAUAUGAAAGAGAGGUUCCUAAAAGCAAUAGAUGCGAUGUUGGAAAAAGACAUUGCCGACAACAAAGCAAUUGGACGUCAUGGAGCGCGGGCAAUUCUGAACAACGGGGCAGGAGAUAGUUUGGUGAGGGUUCUCACCCAUUGUAAUACUGGCAGCCUUGCCACUGCGGGAUACGGCACGGCAUUAGGUGUUAUUAGAACAUUGCAUGAAGAUAAAAAACUCGAACAAGUUUAUUGCACUGAAACGAGGCCGUAUAAUCAAGGUGCACGAUUGACUGCGUACGAGUUAGUUCACGAGAAAAUGCCUGCUACUUUGAUAUGCGACGACAUGGUCGCGGCAUUGAUGAAAUCCAGAACUAUAUCUGCAGUUAUUGUCGGUGCUGAUCGAGUUGCAGCGAACGGCGAUACAGCGAAUAAAAUAGGAACUUAUCAAAUUGCAGUCGUUGCAAAAUACCAUAGUGUGCCAUUUUAUGUCGCCGCGCCUUUCACCUCCAUCGACUUCACCAUUCCCAGUGGCGAUCGUAUCAUCAUUGAAGAAAGACCGGAAAGAGAAAUGACGCACAUAAACGAUCAGCGAGUCGCUGCUGCGGGUAUACAAUGCUGGAAUCCGGCGUUUGAUGUAACACCAGCUGCGUUGAUCACAGGCAUAGUUACAGAGAAAGGUGUAUACUCCCCUGAAGAAUUAAAAAAGCUUAACGUAUCCGAGAAACUGCAGGACUAACAGAUUUCGAAUGUGUCAUCCUAUUUGCUGACGCAACAUGCACUUGUACAAUUCAAUUGAUUAUCAUUGAAUAACAACUUUCGUCAUUGUCAGAAUUCUGCUGAGCUUACAUGCUUAAUGCAUCCAAUGUGUCUGUUGCACAGAUUAUAUAAUCUAUGAAUACGGUGCAGGGCUUUGAUAUCCGAAUAGAAUAUUCCAUCUCAAAUUACAGGUAUCGGUGAGUUUUGUGCUACACAGCUUUUGAAGUAUUCAGCUUACAGAAAGCGAAAACCUGGAGCUAUACAUUUUAAAGAAUUCAAUGAUUGAUUAGCACUAACAGUAUGUAAUUCUUCUCGUAAACGCCAAAUCAUACAAAAAACGCACUAAGAUUUCAGGCGAGUUGGUAAAAUGCUGUCGCUUGAAUAAUAUUUGCACAAAUAACUUUUUGGUGAGAUAUUCUCACGUACAAAUAUAUUUCUUGUUUGCCUAAUCAUGUCAGGCACGUUUCUCCUAUUUAAAAUAAUGUUUUGAUACUUCAUUUACAUCAUGCAGCUAAGUGGGAGGUGGUAGUUGGAUUAUUGUCCCGAUAUUUCCUUGCCAAAAGAGAACAAUAAUCAUAUCAGAUCUUUUACUGUUGAAAUAAAAAUUUAAUACGUAAUCAAAUUUUUCAGAUAUAUCACUACUCACGUAGUAGAUUAUUUGCCUGUCUUUUUAAUUAGACUGACUCUUAGCGAUGAAAAUAUUUUGUUUCACUUGAUAUAUUCUACUGGAUCGAAAUUUAGAAAGCGAAUUUUUUUGGCGGGCAUCAGUGAUGCUGUCGUUCUCGCUAAUGCACUUUCUACAUUUAAUAACAACGAAAAUAUGGUAGAAAACAAAUGCAUUUUUGAAUUGUAUUGAACAUCUUCAGUGUAAAACGGAAUUCUUGACCUUUAUGAUGUGACAUGUAGGGAAAUACUGUUGACACGAGUAAAUAUUGUUAUACGUUUCGUUCCAAAAUUAGGGCCCUCAUCAGACUUACAUUACCCGUUCGUAGCUUCUUUGAGGAUAAGGACAAUUUUCCAUCAUGUCUGUACGACUUUGUUCCCCGUGCUAACGCACGUUUCCAAUUAUCCUAGAAAUGAAUAGAGGAAGGUAUGGAAUCUCAUGAAGAACCGGUUACUGUGUACAUUUAUCCAUUUGGAUAUGAUUAAGUGUUGGUGGUUUUAUUCAGUAUGCUCAAAUUAGUAUAACAUUUACAGCAAAAGUGACAACAACCGAUGUGUUCCAGUGAUUGAAACUUACGCUCGUGAAUUGCACUAUUUCUUGUACUUACUAUUCAGCACAAUCUUUUGAUAUCAAUUUUAAUUAUAAUAGAAAAAAAAUUGAGUCCUGGAGUCACUAGAUAUUUUCUACUGAUGUGCCUUUUAGAAAGAAUUGUUCUCCCUUGCCGAUUUUUGAAACUAUAAUUGUAAAUCUUGAUCCUGGAUGAGACUGGUUACUAUAUUUAAAAUACAAUAUUGUGUACAUUUGCAGCAUGGUGACACAAAACAUGGAACAGGAUCGUUCCGAACGUAUGUAAUUGUACUUUUCAUACAUACUGCACUUGCAUAAUAUACCUACGAUAUUUAAGUAAUUUAUUAGAUGUAUAAUCUAACGCGCUUCUACACUCUGUUCAAUGUCAUAUUUUUGUAAUUGUAUUGUAUAAUAGAUUGAUCGUAAUUGCGCUACGA